ACUCACAACACAUUCACAAGUUCAUAGAGAUCCAUACAGCUUGAUUUCAAGAGCAAAGCUAGCUUAGCAGCUCUCUCUAGCUACAACUAGAUCAAGCCGGUGUCUCUCUAGCUAAGUCUAAGUGUAACAACAAAAAUACAUACAUAUCACCCAAAAAAUUAGUAUGUGGAAGCUCAAAGUUGCUGAGCGUGGAAAUGCACCCUAUUCUGAAUACUUGUACACUACAAAUGAUUUCUCCGGUCGACAAACAUGGGAGUUCGAUCCGAACGCCGGAACCCCUCAAGAGCUCGCCAAGGUGGAGGAGGCUCGUCGCAAGUUCACCGAGGAUCGCCACACCGUCAAGCCCGCCUCCGACCUCCUUUGGAUGAUGCAGUUUAUGGGGGAGAAAAAUUUCAAGCAAACAAUUCCUCCGGUGAGACUUGGAGAGGAAGAAGAAGUUACAUAUGAAGAUCUGACGACCGCUCUAACGAGAACGACCAACUUCUUCACAGCUUUACAGGCCAGCGACGGUCACUGGCCGGCGGAGAACGGUGGCGUCUCGUUUUUCCUUCCACCAUUUAUCUUUUCCCUCUAUAUCACUGGCCAUCUCAAUUCGAUCAUCACUCCGGAAUAUCGAAAAGAAAUCCUACGUUUCAUAUACAAUCAUCAAAAUGAAGAUGGAGGUUGGGGAAUACACAUAGAAGGGCACAGCACAAUGUUUGGUACAGCAUUUAGCUAUGUUUGCUUGAGAAUACUUGGAAUAGAAGUUGAUGGAGGUAAAGACAAUGCUUGUGCUAGAGCAAGAAAAUGGAUCCUUGAUCAUGGUGGCAUCACCUACAUGCCUUCUUGGGGAAAAACUUGGCUGUCGAUUCUUGGUGUAUAUGACUGGUACGGUUGCAACCCAAUGCCCCCAGAGUUUUGGCUCCUUCCUUCUUAUCUUCCUAUUCAUCCAGCAAAAAUUUGGUGCUAUUGCCGGAUGGUUUACAUGCCAAUGUCAUACUUAUAUGGGAAAAGAUUUGUUGGUCCAAUCACACCUCUCAUUCUACAGUUGAGAGAAGAACUCCACACACAACCUUUCCAUGAAAUCCAAUGGAGACAGACGCGCCACCGCUGUGCAAAGGAGGAUCUCUACUACCCACAUAGUCUAAUCCAAGACUUUAUUUGGGACAGUCUCUACGUGGCCUCUGAACCACUCCUAACUCGCUGGCCUUUAAACAAGAUCAGAGAGAAGGCUCUGGCAAAAGCAAUGGAACACAUUCACUACGAAGACGAAAACAGUCGAUACAUAACAAUAGGAUGUGUUGAGAAGGCAUUGUGUAUGUUAUGUUGUUGGGUUGAGGAUCCGAACAGCGAUUACUUCAAGAAGCAUCUUGCAAGAAUCCCAGAUUACUUGUGGGUUGCAGAGGAUGGAAUGAAAGUGCAAAGCUUUGGUAGCCAAUUGUGGGAUGCUACAUUUGGUUUUCAAGCACUUGUAGCUAGUAAUUUAACAGAGGAUGAGGUCGGUCCAGCCCUCGCCAAGGCCUAUGAUUUCAUCAAGAAAUCUCAAGUUAAGGACAAUCCCUCCGGCGAUUUUGAAAGCAUGCAUCGACACAUCUCGAAGGGAUCGUGGACUUUCUCCGAUCAAGACCAUGGUUGGCAACUCUCUGAUUGCACUGCUGAAGCUUUGAAGUGUUGUCUUCUAGCAGCAACAAUGCCUCAAGAAGUAGUUGGUGAGAAAAUGAAACCUGAAUGGGUGUAUGAGGCCAUUAAUAUCAUUCUUUCACUACAGAGCAAAAGUGGAGGUUUGGCAGGUUGGGAACCGGUGAGAGCAGGAGAAUGGAUGGAGAUUCUCAAUCCGAUGGAAUUCCUCGAGAACAUUGUGAUCGAACACACCUACGUGGAGUGCACCGGAUCAUCGAUCAUUGCAUUCGUUUCGCUGAAGAAGUUAUAUCCAGGGCACAGGACAAAAGACAUUGACAAUUUCAUUAGAAAUGCCAUAAGGUAUCUUGAAGAUGUGCAAUACCCGGAUGGUUCCUGGUAUGGGAACUGGGGGAUUUGCUUCAUCUAUAGUACAAUGUUUGCGCUGGGAGGACUAGCAGCGACCGGUAGGACUUACGACAACUGCCAGGCCGUGCGUAGAGGCGUGGAUUUUAUACUAAAGAAUCAGAGUGACGAUGGUGGAUGGGGAGAAAGCUACCUCUCUUGCCCAAGAAAGGUGUACACACCUCUUGAUGGGAGGAGAUCUAAUGUGGUGCAAACUGCUUGGGCUAUGUUGGGUCUACUUUAUGCUGGCCAGGCUGAGAGAGAUCCUACUCCUCUUCACCGCGGGGCGAAAGUAUUGAUCAAUUACCAAAUGGAAGAUGGUGGUUACCCCCAACAGGAAAUCACUGGAGUUUUCAAGAUGAAUUGCAUGUUACACUAUCCGAUCUACCGGAAUGCUUUUCCGAUAUGGGCGCUCGGAGAAUACAGGAAGCGUGUUCCAUUACCAUCCAAAGGCUAUUGAAAUCCAGAAUCCUUGAAGAAAGUGAAUGCAGAAGAGCAAAGUUCAUUGCAUAUAUACAUUCUAUAACAAUAUUGAAAAUAUUGUAUUGCAUGAUGACGCAACAUUCAAAGAGUCUAAAAAGCCUCUGAUAAAUUCUAGCUCCUAAAAGAAGGAACAAGAAGAGGUUUGAGAUUAAAUCUCGUUUGAUAAUUUUUAUUUCAUACUUUUGAAAUAAUACUAGCUGGCUUAUAUAUAUAGCAUUCACUCUAGCAAGAUGCUACUAGUUAGGAAACCAAAUACUUGAAGGAAUUCAUAUGUAAUUAUGGUACCCUAAUUACAAUGCUAUUUUUUUAUUGGAAAGAACUAUUCUGCUAAUUAAUAGGUAAGAACUAUUUUGCUUGCUGUUGUU